UGUUUUUGAUAUUGUACGACAGAGACACAUCGAAAGCAACCCUCACUGAAUUUCAAUCAUAACUCUCAAUGUUCAACAAAAUGCACAUAAAUUUAGAGACCGUGAGCGAAUAAUAAUAAAAAAAAAUAGUGCAUGUAAAAACGUCGAAACAUGUGUAAAUGCCAUUCGCAUUUAGUGAUUUUAUCAGCAUUUUGAAUGACGGUGCAUGUGGAGUGUGUCUCUGUUUCUGUUUUUCCAUGGAAAAUUGCUUUCAAAGUGUUUAUUAAAAUGAAAACUUUAAUCAUUAAGCGUGAAUUCCAGACGAAUCGUUCCAAACAGACGAUUGUUUACUGCUUUUGUGUUCGGUGCUAACAAUUUUUUUUUUUUUUUUUCAUAUUUUUCCUUUCGUUCUCUCUGACGAAUAGUAGAGAAAAAAACCAAGCGGAAUGCAUUGAAAUUUUUCAUGUUCAACCGCACACGUACUUCAAUUGCUUCCGUUCAACAUCAACCGUGAAAAUAGAAAAAAACCCGAAGCCAAUUUAAAAAAAAAUUGAAAUAUUUUUUUCGAAAAGGAAAAAUAUAUUGAAAAUGGCAAAGCAUUAAUCAAACCAAGAGAGCGAGAAACUCAACGAACGAGUGAGCGAACCAGGAGAAAAAAAAAUGCAAAUUCCCAUGUUCCAAAGGAAUUCAGUGGUUUCAAUUAAUGGGAAAAAAUAUAUAACCAUUUUUUUAUUCUCUCUCUCUCAACAACGGGAAGCAUUGCAAAAUCGACAAACGAAAGUGCAUCGAAAUGGAAAUAAACAAAACCACACUCUCGGUUUACUAUACGGCUCGGUUGUUUGGAUUCGCUCCUUAUUCCAUUGCCAUUGACAAGCAGAACAAAUUGAAUCACAUUCAGGUGAAAUACAGUCGGUUUUUGUCCAUAUAUAGUGUAACACUGUUGAUUGUGUUGGCGGCUCUAACGAACUUUGGAUUGUAUAUCGAUGCAACAUCACCAAUUCCGAUACGAUUGAAAACGGCGACAGCGAGAGUGGUGACGGGUUUUGAUGUGAAUAUACUGGUUAGUUCGUGCCUCAUUUCAAUGUUUACCGGUGUAUUUGGUUUACACAAUACGCAACAAAUGAAUGUUAGCUUGAAUAAGGCCGAUGAAAAGCUCAUGGGAUUAUGUGCAAGUAUUUCGAUGCACACAAAUGGCGCUCGACGACUAUUGACCACGUUCGUAUCAAUUGUGUACGUGUAUAUCUGUACGAUGCUGGCCAUUGAUGUCUGGGGUUAUUUGAGACUGGCAGCUAUUGUAUGGGCACGUGAUGCUGGUAUUUCAUCUUAUCACAAAUUCCACAAGCAAUUCCAUCAAAUUUGUCAAAAACUAGCAUCUUUUUCACUCUUUUCUCUCUCUCUCUCUCUCUCUCUCUCCCUCUCUCUUUCUCUUUCUUUCUCUCUUUUUUCGUCAUACACAGUUGCCAUCGAUCAAAAUGUGAUUUGUUUCGUGCCAUUUUAUAUAAUGUAUAUUUUCUUCUUAACAAUUCACAUCAAAUUCGCUUAUUCAACAUAUCGCAUCGCUCUACGCUACCUAGCGCUGAACAAUUGUUUACAAAAUUCCAAGGCGUAUCAACGCGCUUUAUGGCGAAGCAAUGAACCGGUAAAUCGGCCAUCCAUCGGGCUUUAUUUAAAGCGAUAUAAAUUUGUGGCAAGUGUUAAUCAUGCCAAACCAAAUUACAAUGCGUUCAAUAUACGUAGCGCAGAUGAUGUGAUAAAUAUCUUUGCCGACGUUCAUGAACUGCUUGGAAAAGCGAUGGUUAAUGUUUCAUCUGAAUUUGGCGUUACGAUAUUGGUGCUAUUGAUUUCAUGCCUCCUGCAUCUUGUAGUCACCGCUUACUUUUUCUUUCUCGAAGUGUUCGGCGAUCGAAAGGAUACAUUUUAUACAACGGUGCAGAUUCUGUGGCUCAUUUUCCAUUCACUUCGUCUGCUGCUCAUCAUAGAACCCUGUCAUCGUAUUGGUGCAGAGGCUGGUAGAACGGUGGAAAUUGUAUGCGAUUUACUCCGGAAAAAAGGCGAACAUUAUGCGCUGAAAAAUUUCUGGCAACAACUGAUUGCCGACAAUACGUUUUUUUCCGCGUGUGGGAUAUGUCGAAUCGAUCGGCCGCUUUUGACAACGCUCGGUGGCGCAAUUGCAACGUAUUUGGUAAUAUUACUACAAUUCAAUAAGUCAGCUGAACAACAACAGCAACAGAACAACCGAACAACAACAUCAUAAAUCAUAGCACUGGAGAACCGUACUAAUUCAUUAACAUUUUCAACAACAAUCAGCAAAUAUGCAAAUCAGUUUGCAAUUUAACAAGGGAUGAAACUGUCACUCGC